CGGCCACUAGUGCCAGAUUCUUCUGAGAAUAUGUAUUUCUCUAGUGAUGCAUUAGGCAUAAAUUCGCAUGAUGAAUUUUCCCAAUAGUUGCAACUUUACUGAAAUUCUUCUUGUCCCGUUGAGUUCUCCAACAUUUUGACUGCCACAGGCUCUCCAUUGGAUAGCUCAGCUUUGUAUACACAUCCAAAUCCACCUUGGCCGACUAUGUUAUUGAACCGUCUUGUUAUCUUUUUAACUUCAGAGAAUGUGCAUCUUGUUGAUUUCAACGUUCUGUAGGUUUUGAGGAACAUUUCACCUUUCAUGUGUAUCUCUUCGUCAUAUUUAGAUUUGAGGGUGAGAUAUAAUGCAGCAGCUGUCAUCGCUGAAAGAACCAGAGUGUGGCUGCUGGUGACGUUACUGAAUAAACAAGUUGAAGAAAAUCAGUCUGUUAGAUAGAAAUCAACUACUCAUAUCUUUUGCGAAUGAGACUACGAAGAGUGCUGUAGUUUUGUUGUAAGAAAUAAAGAACUCAAUAGGUCAAAAGUGCAUUGAACCACAUACCUGCAAUGAUUUUGAGAUGUGAACCUGCGUGCAGGAAAGAGGUGAAUUAGAUUCUAUCAAGACUUCCUUUUAGGCAGAAUCUUACUAAAGAAACAAAGGUAAACUGCUGUAUAGCGGGCUGAAUAAGAAACCCGAGCAGUCUACUCUAAAGUUUAGGACAGCUUGUCUCUAGGGGAUAAGACGCGAAAGGGCCUCUAGCCUAGUGGUUAAGGACUUCCGAGUAGCACCUCCAAGUCCUGGGUUCGAUUCUCCUCGAGAGCGAAUUUUCAGGCUUGGUUAAAAAAAUCCCCUCGUUGUGCCCCAUCCGCUCUCGGGUUACGAUGUCCUGUGCGCCACCCUCCGGUUGGGCCGUUGCAGAGUGGACAGUUACGCCGGCCCGUUAGUGAUGGGGGACCAGGGUUCGGGGAUUUUCUCGGCCGGGACCAUUGUUUCGGUCUCUUCUUAAUAUAAUACCGAGAGGGCGGUCUUUCCCUCCCCGACCGAGUUUUUUCUAGGGGAUAAGACUGUCCACAACAAAUCAUGUAAAUUAGGGGCAGUGAUGAAGCUAGAGUGAAUCAGAUAAGGGUGCAUAUGUUUUAAGGGUGCAUGAUAAUAACUUAUAUUUGAUGCAUAUAUGGUGAAAAUCUAGUUUAAUUCACUAGUUUUAUAAUUUUUUGUGGGUGCAUGUGCACCCACUACUCUCUACAUAGCUUUGGCCCUGAAUAGGGGAUUUGCACUGUAGAUAACACUAUUUGCAGAGUGUAGUUUGAAAUAGGGUAUGAGACAUGGUAGCCGCCAGAGACAGCCUAAGAAAAAUGUGUGCUAAGUGCAUGUUCCUCACUUCCAUCUUAAUAUUAGUGUACAACAUAUUCAAGCAUCAUACAUGGUGAGAGAAAUGUUGAGUUUGUGAUAUAAAUUCUGAAGAAGACGGCCAAGUUGGCGAGCGAAGCGGAGGCCCGUCGUCAGGAGGCUUGAGCCGAAGCGUAGCGAUGCCAACUGGCCUUCGGAGCCCCCCCGCGGUACGGAUCGUUCCUUACUCAUCUUAGGGUUUCGCCUCUAUAAAUACACUUGUAAUCUGCAGGAGAUAGUCAUCUCAUUGUAAAUCACUCGCGAUCUGUAACCACCUGAAAAAUAGUAAUAUUGUUGCUGGCCGGCGCCCGUGGUUUUUCCCCUUCGUUUUGAGAGGUCUACGUUAAAUUUGUGUCUUCUCUAUGUUUUAUCUACUUUGUGUCGUAUUAAUUCAUAACAAGAAUUAUGGACUGUUUACCAUUUUUAUAAACAACUAUAUUAAUUUAAUUGUUUUUGAAGCAAGAGAUGGUCUAUAAAUGUGUCUCUGUUGUCGCAUUCAGGAGUAUAUUGUAAAAGAGCCAGGUAUGGGUCUUGCAGUGAGGUGGUUUUUUUUUGGAAAACACUCUUCUUCCACUAGUUAUGCAUAUUUAUUAAUUGAGUAAUGAUAUCUUUGGACAGCAAUAUUUAAACCAAUUAACUUGAAUCAAAAGUUCUCUAGCAGAAAAAUGUUACACAUGCAGAAAAGCGCACAAUUGCCCUUUUCUCCCCCCUUAAAAGUAUGCAGAAAUGCAAGCUGAACCAAAGAACUAAGAACAAAAUAGGACACAUGACUGUGUGCUACUUAAGCAAUGGAUUGUCAUGCAAAAAUCAACAUAUAAUUGCUACAAGUAAUAUCAUAACAUAUAAGCUGCUGUUUGAGAUAAGUUCAUUGUUGCAUGAGUGAUUUAGAAACUUUGAUUCUUACUCUUACAGAAUGCUUACCUAGUUUCUGACCUAAAUCCACAGAGCCUUCCUUCAUCUUCACAGUAUUUGGUAGAAAUUGGUAAUGUUAGGAACUGUCCAUUCUCUGAUUUCAAGUCGUCCGACUAAUCACGAUUAGUCGGGCUGGUCGGUUUAGGGUAAGCGAUUAGGGAACCCGACCCGAUUAGGUGUUCUGGUCGACCUAGUCGUCCGACUAGUCGAUGACUAGGCCCGAUAAAUUGCUCGAUCAGACAGUACUUAGCGACUAGGGUUUGUAUGACGUAAAAAAUUUGUAGGCCUUUUUUGGCGGGCGGUCCGGCUACAGGAGCUGAACCGUCAGAGGCGCCGUCGUGAUAUACCCUUGCACACGACGGUUUGUGUCUAAUCUCCUCGAUUCUUGGCGUCUUCAUCUCCUUCCUUCUGCAGUUCUGGUUCUCUAUCUCUAAUUUCUUCUCUUCUCCUGUUGUCGUUCUCUGUCCUCCUGGCUCUUGGGUUUUGAUCACUGGCGUCGGCGCACUGCACAAGGCUCUUGCCUCCUGGUAAGUUGAUCACCGGCGCGCAGAUUCAGUGACAGUCGAUGUAUUCAAAAACCUUGGCCCCAAUUCGUCUUCCUCGGCGCGCAACGCAAGGCUCCAUAUUCAGUGACAAUCAUAUUUACUUCUGUAUUCUGUAUUGUGUUCUGUCCUUCUAUGUUUUUGACUCAGUUCAUAUAGAGAAUAGAGAUUCUGUUCAUAUUGCCAUCCUCUGAAUCCUUAUUCCUUUGAUCAGUAUUGCAGAAUUCAUGUCAUGUUUACCCUACCCUUUAUAUAUAGUUAUAUACCGUAUAUAGUUAAUUAGUUAUAUACUAUAUACAUAUGUCCUGGAUGAACAGGACGACUAGUAUACGACCAGGUCGACCAGAGGUCGAUUAGUCGACCUAAUCGUCGAUUAAUCGAGAUUAGUCGCCUAGUCGGACCCCUAGGUCGACCAGCUGGUCGCUCGACCAGAAAACAAUGAGUCCAUCUUAACAUUGUCUCACCAAAUGCAAUGGUUCCUUUUGCAGUUUCGUUGAAGUCCAUGUUGUUAGAACGGUAAGGUAAUGGAAUGCUAUUUGAAAGAACCGUGCAGUCCAAUGGAAGAAAAUCAAUUGAUUGAAAAGAAGGUACCAAGUAAGUGAACCGGCUAGUAUUGUUAAGGCAAGAGAAGGGACCAGCAGUGCUGGCCGCCUGGCCGGACUACUUGGCAUGAACUUACUUAGGUCUUGUUCGUUUGUGCCGGAUUGGUGGGUCGGAACGAUUCCUAACCGGAUUGCUUCUCUAAUUUAUAUAAACUUUGAUUAGGUGGAACGAUUCCAGGUGCAAUCCAACACAAACGAACAAGGCCUUAGGCUUGUUCGGUUAGGGCUGAAUCGAGGGGGAUUAAAUCCCUUCUUAUCCAUCCCUAACCGAACAAGCCCUUAGAACUGGUUUGGUGACCAGAUCCUUCUCAAUUCCUUAGUCAUCAAAACAGCUCUAAUAUUGCCUCAUCCCCGUAAGGUCUAUAUACAUCGGUUGAUAGAUUGGUGGAGAUGAUCUUCUGAAAAGAGCACUUUGGAUUCUGCAAUUGAGAGACAAUGAUUAUAGUAUUGAUGCUAUACCCAAUGGAAUUACCUUUCAGUAGCCAAUAUUUGGGUGAACCAGGUGUCCCACAUGAUAGAGGGCUGGUUACAAGGUGGAAUGGAAAUCGGAUCUCUGGUCCUCCUUCGCUGCAACUGGAUGCUGGGCACUUCUGGAAGAAGCUUUUAUCACUGCUUGCUGUGGUCAUCGUGAUUCCAUAGUUGAGAAAUGAGAGCACCAAAGCUACAGCAAACAAAUUAGACAGUUGCGUGGCAGAAGAAUGGCAGCAGGCAAAGCAAGGUUGCGUCUACAAGAUUUAAAACCUUGUUGGAAUCAAUGACCACCAAUUAUUUGUCGUGAUGGCCCCAUAACCGUGGUGGAAGAUUUCUAGCUUUGCGGCUUGGUGAUUUGGACUUUCUGGGAUGUUUCUUGUAUAGUCCUGCAAUAUAGUCAUCCUUUUCCACACUACAGCCAUUGACCGCAAACGGAUUAGUCAAUAACAUAUACUUAUUUGAAAAGACAGCCAUGUUAAACAGAUUAGGAAGCCAAUUGAAAGCUGGAGCUUUGGUGAGCUGCAAAAGGACUCAUCCCAAAGCAUCCGCUGGCCAACUCAUAUAACUACGACUUGCCUCAGCAACAUGAGUUCCUUACAUCUGGGCAUGAGAAAAAGAAAAAAAAACUCAUUGAGAACUGAGAUGAGCAGAGGUUGAAGCAUGUUUGCAACGAAUGAAGGUAGAAGGCAAAGAUACGAAGAUAUGCCUGCAAAAGGAUCUAUAAGUGGAAGUUCAUGUCAGCUUUACUAACAGAUAGGAUCCGAGGCUUGAGUGCUUGACUUCUCUUCCUCUUCCCUCCUGUAUGGAUCAAGCCACAGAUAAUUAGCCUUCUCCUUUACUCUUGCUUCAACUUUCUAGUCUGACUCUGAUCUUGCCUUUGCUGAGCUUCAAUGGUUAGCUCUCAUGGAUUUCUUCUCUCCCUGCAAGCAUUAACCAUGGUUUCCACAAUUAUGACAAACACUGGAGUGAUAGCCACUCAAGGGCAAGCCUUCUGUCCUUCUUCCUCCUGUGGGCAUCUUCAAGACAUCCGAUCUCCUUUCCGUAUGCAAGGUGACCCACAAGGUUGUGGUUUCCCAGAAUACGAGCUGGUUUGUAUUGAUAGCAAGGCUAUAAUUCACAUCAAUAAUGGACGAUACUUUGUGACUAGCAUCUCCUAUAGCAACUCUACUUUCUGGGUCGUUGAUGCUAAUUUAGAUAACAGCAGCUGCCCCAUUCCUGCGAGCAACCAACGUCCCUAUGUAAAUGGUUUGCCAUCCGAAGGUCGCACCCUGCUGGAUCCUGACACAGUAACUUGGGCGGCCUUUGUGAGUUGUUCAGAGAUGCUAAGUGACGUUUCUUCCCCGUUCCUCAGUUGCUGUAGUGGUAUUUACCAGCCUGUCAACUGCCGAAGUACGAAGAAUUCUUUUGCUUAUGUCUUCACUACCACAUUCUUUCCUAUGGUUGGAGACAUCAAGCCGUCAUGUAGAUACUUGUCCAUGAUUCCUUUUGGAAGUCGGCAUGUCAAGCGACCAGAUAAUGCAAGCUAUGAUGAUAUUGUAAAGUUUAUGAAGAAUGGCUUUGCUGUAAAUUUUCCUUAUCGCAAUGGACGGUCGUAUCAUUUGGUCAUCAACACAUGCUUGAAAGAUGCAAAUGGUUACUUCAACGAUAAAAUAUCUAACUCAAGCAUUGUGGACCAGACAUUGGCUGCGGUUUUUGGGAUCGACCUUCGUUUCUUAAGAUGUGUAAAUGAUUACUCGUACAGAAGUAAAUUGUUUUGGGCUAUGGUCGCCAUGAUAUCUACUGUAGUCAUUGUGAAGUUCGUGAUAGUAUUUGGAAUACUAUCGAGGUUUGUGUUUGCACCAUUAACUGUACUGACCUUCCUCGCCUACAAGUACUGGAAAACAAGGAUAUCCAUUGACGCAGUCGAGAAGUUUCUCCAGAUGCAACAAGCUCUUAGCCCAGCAAGGUAUGCCUACACUGACAUCACCGCAAUCACAGGACACUUCAGAGAGAAGCUGGGCCAAGGAGGCUACGGAUCCGUGUACAGAGGCGUGCUUCCAGGUGACGUCAGCGUUGCUGUCAAAAUGCUGAGCAACUCGCUGUGCAACGGAGAUGAAUUCAUCAGCGAAGUGUCCACCAUCGGAAGCAUCCACCAUGUCAACGUGGUGCGUCUGGUGGGGUUCUGUUCGGAAGAAACCAAGAGGGCGCUCAUCUACGAGUACAUGCCUCGUGGAUCUCUCGAUAAGCACAUCUUCUCUUCCGAGCAAAGCUUUUCGUGGGAUAAGCUCAAUGGAAUAGCUUUAGGCAUCGCCAGAGGGAUCAACUACUUGCACCAAGGCUGUGAGAUGCAGAUUCUGCACUUUGACAUCAAACCACACAACAUCCUUUUGGACAACAGCUUCACUCCUAAAGUUGCCGACUUUGGGCUAGCCAAGCUGUACCCAAGGGACAACAGCUUUGUGCCGGUGAGUGCCGCGCGGGGAACCAUUGGGUACAUAGCUCCGGAGAUGAUCUCCCGUAAUUUCGGCGUCGUUUCGUGCAAGUCAGACGUCUACAGCUUCGGGAUGCUGUUGCUGGAGAUGGCUGGUGGACGGAGGAACCUAGACCAGCAUGCAGAGAGGAGAAGCCAGACGUACUACCCAGCUUGGGUGUAUAGCCAUCUAACUCGGCAGGAGGUGGGCGAGAUCUGCGAAGCUUUCGAUGUCCACGAGGUGGAGAGGAAGCUGUGCGUUGUUGGGCUAUGGUGCAUUCAGAUGAAGCCACAUGAUCGGCCAACGAUGGCUGAGGUCGUUGGGAUGCUUGAAGCUGGCGCUGACGGUCUGCAGAUACCUCCCCAGCCAUUCUUCUGUGGGGGUGAGCUUACUGGUAGCACUUCGUAUUUCUCCUCGGAGUUGAGCGCAAUCUCGGAGAAUGGAUGAGGUUACUGGUUCCACAAGAUGAACUGCCAAUGUGCUACAAGUAGCUAGAAUCUGAAAAAAAAUCUGUUGUACUUGGACGAUGCUCAAUAUUUAGUCGGUUGCAGUGCACUGUAAUUCGAUUCUAUGCUGUAAUGCGUCUGCAUCAGGCACCAGCAGCUUCUUGGAUCAAAGGGAUGAGCAUGUACUCGUAUGAUGAAUUAAAAAAUUUGGUGGAUUUCAUAUGGAUAAUCCGUGUUGCUCGUA